AUGAAGAUCUUAUUAGGGGUGGGACUCUUAGUUAUCAUUUUGCAAAGCAUCUCAGGGUACAAUGAAGAAAAAGUGGAAGAAGUGGCAAAGUGGAAUCGAGUGGAAUACGAAUUCUUACCAAAACCAGAAUUUUCGAGCGUCGGGCCUUACAAAUACUACAUUCCGGAGAAUAACAACAUUGCCAGUUUCGGAUUUCAUCCUGCCAGUAAACUAGUGGUUGUGACAAUAGGCAGAUUGAGACCUGGUGUGCCAACGUCUUUGGGGGCGUAUUGUCUCAAUGAAUUUAACUUUGGAAAGAGUCCACGAAUUUGGGGCUUCCCCAAUUAUGAAAUUAACGAACUGCACGACGUUGAUUUCCUCAGAGGCACUGAGGAAGAGAGAGGAAGAAAAGUGUGGAAUAAACCAGGAGAUCUCACGCGGACAGAGAAAUACUACUACAAUAAUUUCCACAACAAAUACCCAUAUCUGCAACAAAUUCCUUUCUACGACAAACCCUUCCCAAUCAAAGUGGGUCCUUUCUAUGAUCUCGACAGAAUUAUCUCAGUUUUCCACGUGACAGUGGAUGAGAAGUGCAACAGAUUGUUCUUCAUAGACAACGGACAAGUGCAGUACAAUCAAAGUGCCACUUAUGCGAUCCAAAAGCCAGCUCUUGUCGUCAUGGAACUGCCCGCAAACGGAUGUCACAGCCGCGUGUUCCCAAUCGUUCGUCGUACUGAGCUUCCUGACAAGAUCAUAGAGAAGGGCUCAUAUGGAUUUGCUCAUGUUGUGCUUGACUACCAAUCAGAAUCUUCAUGUGACGAUCUAUUCCUCUACAUCACGAAUCCUCUGUACAAUUUCUUGAUGGUGUACGAUUUCAAGAACAACGAUUUCUGGACCAUUGACCAUCAAACAUUCCAGCCAAUUCUCACAGAGUCUUCCUUCGUCUUCGACAAGACCUUCGAAUAUCAAAUGCCAUUGGGAUUGUACUCUGUCAGUUUGGGAUUCCCCAAUGAAGCUGGUGACAGAACAGCUUAUUACACACAGAAAGCAGGAACAGCUCAAUAUGAGGUGUCCACAAGAGUGUUCAAGGAAAAGUCAAAUCCCGUGACCACUGUUGAGGACUUCGCCAUCAUGGGCUACAGAGAGUGCAAGCACCAAAGCUCCAAGACGGUUAUAGAUUAUACUUACGGCGUCAUGUUCUAUGCUGAGAUCCAGACCAAUCAAGUGCGUUGUUGGAACAUCAAGAAGCCGCUCAACCCGGACAACAUUGGCGUUGUUUUUGAGUCAGAAAACUUCGUGGGUGGCAUACAGAUGUUCAUUGAUUCUCAGGGCUAUCUCUGGUUCCACUCCAGUGAAGUUCCUGUCAUUUUCGCAUCCGAAUUGCCUCUGGAUCUCACCAAAGUCAACAACAGGAUCUUCCGCAUCAAGGUGUCCGACGCCAUUCUCGGAACUGUCUGCGAAAACUGA